AUGCUUUUCAUCAUCAUAGUCUGCCUUGCCGUUAUCUUAGGCCCCGUGCUGAGUCAAGAUACCUCCUCGAAUUCAACCAUCAAGUGGCACAAGAUCACCACGUCUAAAGGAGAUCGACUACCAGACUUUAGCUUCAGCGGCUAUCACGCGUCGAAUCAAUCGCUUCCCGACGUCACGAGCACAGCAACGGCUACGCUUGCUCCCGCCAAAGGCGACCAAACCCAGCGAAUUCAACGGGCUCUCAACCAGACUGCGUCUGCAGGGGGUGGUGUAGUUGCCCUAGGAAAAGGCAAUUUUACGAUCUCCGCUGGAUUGUUAAUACCCAGUGGUGUGACGCUCCGAGGGUCCAGCCCAGCAGACACGAAGCUCAUUUCAACGCAGCAACCAGUUGACCCGGUAAUUACGCUGGGAAGUGGUGGGAAAACUGCUAAGCAGCUUGUCACGGCCAAGAUAACCGAUUCCUAUGUCCCAAUAGGUACAUCAGUGCUAAAUGUCAAUGACGCUGCGGGCUUUAAAGUUGGUCAGUCAGUCUACGUGCAGAGAGCAGUGACGGCGAAUUGGGUCCGCUACAACGGAAUGAGUGACUUGGUUCGAGAUGGUGUCAAACAAACUUGGAUAGAGGUCGGCAAAGUGAUCCAGCAGCCCAACACCAUCUCGUCUAUUGAUGGCACCAAGAUCACCCUACUGUUUCCUCUCACAGACAGUCUGGAUGCGACCUACAUGGAGCCAAAUAUCAUGGCAUACACUGCGCCAACUCUCAACUCGGAAAUUGGAAUCGAGCAGCUUUCUAUUUAUCUCACAACAUCCUGUUCAGGAAGCCCUGUUGGAGACUCGGCGUGCAAUGGCGCCGCAGUCAGUUUCUCACCCUGGACGGUCGACAGCUGGGCACGUAAUCUGACGCUGAAAGGAUUCAACCAGUUCGUCGAUGUUGAAUGCGAUGCUAGCCGGAUAACGAUUCAAGAUGUAGCCAUGUACCGAGACGCAGCCACCACUGGGGUUGCAAUCCCUUCCGACAUCUGGAUCAAAGGCUCCCGGAUUCUUGUGAAAGACUGUGGACAAUACGGGCUCAAGACAGCUGAAGUAUUCUCUGUCAUGACGGGCUCGCUGACGCCAGGGCCCAACGCCGUCCUCCGCCAUGUCACGCAGUCGACGGUCCAAUCGAUCUACCCACAUCAGAGAUGGGCGCAUGGACUUUUAGUGGAGGAUACUUCAGUGCCAGUACUCUUCGUGAACCGCGGCACCAAAGGUACUGGGCAUGGUUGGUCAAUAAACGGUGGGGCUGGGUGGAAUCUGAGGGGACAGACUUCCUUCGAGUCCGCACCUCUGGGGAUCAACUGGUGUAUUGGCUGCAACGACCAAACAGGCAACGGGACUUAUAAAAAACAGGACAAAACAGUAAAGCCUCAGAGUCUCUUUGAGUCUCAACUUGAAGCUAGAGGGUUAGCAUAG